AUGAAGGUUGCCAAAGCUUCGCUUCUCGCCAUCUUGGCGCACUCGGCCGUCGCCCGCUUUGUUGCCGAGGACGAGAUCAACCGCGUCCAGUUGUAUCCCGCCGGCUCCGAGCCUGAGAAGUACCUGAUUGAGCUGGCCCAAGGUGAUACUCGCUGGGUCACCGAGGAGGAGAAGUGGGAGCUCCGCCGGAAUGGCAAUCGUUUCUUCGAUAUCACCGAUCACCAGGACUUUGGCAAGACCGGCCUGCGCACCAGGGCCAAGGCCAAGCCCGUCUUCCCCGAGAAGUGCACGCUCCAAGACAAGGUCAAGCCCUUGAUUAAGGACCUUGACAAGAACGAGAUCCAGAAGAACCUCGAGAAAUUUACCAGCUUCCACACCCGAUACUACAAGUCAGACUACGGCCGCCAAUCGUCCGAGUGGCUUCUCUCCAAGAUCAACUCCAUCAUCAAGGAUGCGGGUGCCGAUAAGCACGUCUCCGCCGCGGCGUUCCCCCACACAUGGCAACAAAGCAGUAUUAUUGUUACAAUUCCGGGCAAGUCUAACCGCACAGUCGUCAUUGGUGCCCACCAAGAUUCCAUCAACCUUUGGCUGCCAUCUAUCCUGGCCGCGCCCGGCGCCGACGAUGAUGGCAGUGGUUCCAUGACCAUCCUCGAGGUCCUUCGUACCUUGCUCAAGUCCAAGGACGUCGUCGAAGGCAAGGCCGACAACACGAUCGAGUUUCACUGGUACAGCGCCGAGGAGGGCGGUCUCCUUGGUAGCCAAGCCAUCUUCAAGUCAUACGAGCAGGACGGACGUGAUGUGAAGGCCAUGCUCCAGCAGGACAUGACUGGCUUCGUGCAAAGAACGCUCGAUGCCGGCAAGCCUGAGAGUGUUGGCGUCAUCACCGACUUCGUUGAUGCUGGAUUAACUGAUUUCAUCAAGAAGGUCAUUGUUGAGUACUGCAAGAUCCCUUUCACCGAGACCAAGUGCGGAUACGCCUGCUCGGAUCAUGCUUCCGCCAGCAAGGCCGGCUACCCUUCGGCUUUCGUUAUCGAGUCUGCCUUUGAGGACUCGGAUCAACACAUUCACAGCGUCGACGACCUCAUCAAGUACCUCUCAUUUGACCACAUGCUUGAGCAUGCCAAGAUGACUCUGGGUCUCGUGUAUGAGCUCGGCUUCGCUGACUUCCCCGCCCUUGAGAAGAAGAGCGAGACUGUCUCUGAGGAGCUGUAG